CACAAAUCUAUCGUCGAUACUUCUAGUGAGAGUACGCGAUGGUAUAUAGUAGUACCUGUCGAGUAAUUUCAUGGUUCCUAUUGGGAACUGUGUUUUUACUCUGGAAUGCGCUCCUUUGUCACGCAAACGUAAACGCAAUUGAAAAUGUAGUGAAUGACUCUUUGUUAUGGGGACCUUACCGCCCAAAUCUAUACGUAGGCAUACGUCCAAAGGUCCCAAAUUCUCUAAUGAGUGGAUUAAUGUGGGCAAACGUCGAUGAUUAUGCCAGAUUUUCGAAACUUCGUCACCGUGCAGAACAUGGCGAUGAUAUUGGCGCUUUUGGUUGGACUUCGUAUGAUGUUCGCCGAGGUGGUCAACAAGUGAUUGAAGAUCUUCUUAUGGGUAUAAAAAUGGAAACCGAAUUCAUUAAAUUACCUGACCGAAAUUGGGCCUUACGUGUUCAUGGAACUCCUCUGCCUGGAGCACCUGAGGACCUGACCACAGCUCUAUUUUUCUACGCCUAUGUGAAUGGAGAAGGCAACUUGGAAUUGAAAUCAACAUCUCCUAAGAAAGUUUUCAUGGAAGGUCAGACACCUGACUUAGGUAAAUUCCGUGUUCAUACUUAUAAUCGCAUGGGCGAGCAUCCUAGUACUAGUGGAGUGGAAGACUUGGAAAGUACUACAAUGGACAAGGAUUACUUUGCUGGCUUUAAAAUCAAUUCAAAAGAAGUUUGGCAAACUUCUGAAAUCCUUCUAUAUUUGCUAGACACAAAAAUGCAAGUCUUAAGCGAAAAGGAAAAUAUGAAAACCUUGGAUGAUUUACCUCCUGCCUAUGAAACCUUGCUUUUACCAAAUGUUCCAGGUGGUGAUGGUCUCCAGUUCAUCCAAAAGGUAUUCAAGGGAGAGUUUAUUUUCGACAUUAUUUUCAAUUCCGCUAAAACCGCAGUGGCCUCUGAGGAAACAAUCACCAAGACGAUUGAAGAAAAUCAUAAAGCUUUCUCAAAAAGAUUUCAAGAAGUAUUUCCACUCAAGUACCCUUAUGAUGAAAAUCCAGAAUAUCAACGUUUUGCUGAGUUUGCUUUUGCCAAUUUAUUUGGUAACGUUGGAUUUUUUGAAGGUGACUCAAUCGUAAGCAAAACUCCUAUCGAACCUGAUGAUGAAGAUUAUGAAUUUAUGCAAGGCUUCGAAAGUGCAAAGGGAAAGUUGGCUGAAAAUUCUGCUUUCUUUGAUAAGGAGCGUCAUUUGCUCACUGCUAUCCCCAGUCGAUCUCAUUUCCCACGAGGAUUUUAUUGGGAUGAAGGCUUCCAUCUUUUGCCAAUUGGCCUCUGGGACAACGAUUUUAGUCUGGAAAUUUUAAAGAGUUGGUUUUCUCUUGUUAAUGAAGAUGGUUGGGUUGGCCGUGAACAAAUACUUGGGUCUGAAGCUCGCAGCAAGGUUCCUGAUGAGUUUCAGACUCAAUAUCCCGAUAUUGCGAAUCCCCCCACUCUCAUCUUGGCUUUGAAAGCUUACAUAGAAAGACUUAAAGAACAAGAUUAUAAAAAAUCAUUCGACGACGUUGGCUCCGAUUAUUCUUUAGAAGACUUGGAAUACCUUCGCUCUGUUUCUGUUUCAAAUCCUGAAAUGUCUAUACAAUUUCUUCGAGAACUGUUUCCGUUGAUGUUGCGCCACUAUGAAUGGUUUAGAAGGACUCAGCAAGGCGACUUUGACACAUGGGAUCGUGAAUCAUUUUCUAAUGUGGAAGGCUAUCGCUGGCGUGGUCGUACAUAUCGACAUUGUCUCGCCAGUGGAUUAGAUGAUUAUCCCAGAGCCCAACCUCCUAGUAUUGCUGAGCUGCAUGUUGAUUUGCUUAGUUGGAUGACUUCUUUCACAAAGAGUCUACGUUUUGUUGCUGAAUUCUUAGGUGAAACUGAGGAAGCCGAAAGAUUAACCAACAAUGAAUAUGCUAUGCUUCGAAACUUGGAUGAUCUUCACUGGGAUGAGGAAAUGCAGACUUACUGUGAUGCUAGCGUUGAUGAAUACGAUGAUCCUAAAUAUGUUUGUCACAAGGGAUAUGUUUCGUUGUUACCAUUGAUGUUAGGCCUUUUGCCUCCUGAUUCUGAAAAGCUAACAACUAUGUUACAUAUGAUUAGAGAUGAAAGUGAGUUGUGGUCUCCUUAUGGUAUUCGAAGCUUGAGUUUGAAUGACCCUUAUUUUGGAACGGACGAGAACUACUGGCGUGGCCCUGUCUGGAUGAAUAUGAAUUACUUGAUUUUGAGCAGUCUGUACCAAAAUUAUAUCCAUGUCCCUGGACCUAACCAGGGAUUGGCUAAAUCUAUCUAUGAGGAACUUCGUAUCAACGUUGUAAACACUGUUUUCAACAACUGGAAGCGUACAGGCAUAUUCUGGGAGCAGUACGACUCUGUAACCGGCGUGGGCCAACGAACUAAAGAUUUUACUGGUUGGACUACACUGAUUGUGAAUAUUAUGUCAGAAAAGUAUUAAGUAAAUAGAUAAAUGAUGCCUGUUUAUGUCUAUAAUAAAUAAAUUACAAGAAUGGAAGUACUAGUAUAAGAUUUUUCACCAAAACUCAGAGAGA